AUGCUCACACGAUACGGAGUCAUCUCAUGGCUCGCCCUGUCGACUAUGGCAGCCGCCAACCCUCCGCCAGCGCCUCCAGCCCAGCAGCAAUGCGAGCCCAAGACCGAGACGAUUGUGCACACCGUCCACGAGACCGUUCAUGUUCCUACAACAAUUCACAAGACGGUACACGUCACGCUACCGGGAGAAGUGAAGACAGUCCACGUUCCCGUCCCGACGACGAUACACCAAAUCGAGACUAUCCACGAAAAGAUACCCGUACACAUCACGGUUCAUGUUCCGACAACAAUCAAAGAGACCGUACAUAUUACUCAGCCCCCACAGGUGGUGAAGGAGACAAUACACAUCACAGAAACGAAGAAGGAGGUCCAAACUCUUCCUCCUCAGGUGGUCAAGGAGACCGUCCACAUCACUCAGCCUCCUCAAACUGUGAAGGAGACAAUCCAUAUUACCCUUCCCCCUCAGACAAUCCAUGUCACUCAGCCUCCUCAGGUAAUUAAAGAGACUAUUCACGUAACUCAACCUCCUCAAGUCAUCAAGGAGACGAUACACGUCACCCAGCCUCCCCAGGUGAUUAAGGAGACUAUUCACGUCACUCAACCCCCGCAGGUGGUGAAAGAGACGAUACACGUUACUUUACCUCCUCUGCCUCCUCAGACAAUCCACGUCACUCAGCCACCGCAAGUCAUCAGGGAGACGGUGCACAUCACUCAACCUCCUCAAAUCAUCAGGGAGACUCUUCCACCUCAAAUCAUCAAGGAGACUUUGCCACCUCAGAUUGUCAAGGAAACCGUUCACGUCACUCUGCCUCCUGUCCGGGAGACGGUCCAUGUCACCUUGCCUCCUCAAGUGGUCAAGGAGACUAUACAUAUCACCCAACCACCUCAGGUUAUUAAGGAGACGGUUCACGUCACGCAGCCUCCCCAGAUAAUUAAGGAGACUCUGCCGCCUCUGCCGCCUCAAAUCGUCAAGGAAACCGUACAUGUCACGUUGCCUCCAGUGAAGGAGACUGUACACGUUACCUUGCCUCCUCAGAUAAUCCACCAAACCUUGCCGCCUCAGGUCGUCAAGGAGACGGUACAUGUCACCCUUCCUCCGCAGGUGGUCAAGGAAACAGUUCAUGUCACUUUGCCUCCCCACGUUGUCAAGGAAACAAUCCACGUUACGCAGCCUCCUCACAUCAUCAAGGAGACGGUUCAUGUUCCUCAGCCUGCGCAGACGGUACACAUAACACAACCUCCCCAAGUCAUCCAUCAAACGGUCCAUGUCACCCAGACGGUCAGCCACUGCGCAACAACAAUCGCAGCGCCAGUCUUGGGCCAUCAACCCUCCCCACCUCCGGCAGUGCAUCCCUCAGCGGCACCAGCAGUACCGCCGGUUCAUGAAGCUCCCCCGCCGGCCCACACCAUGGCUCCUCCGGUACAUACACCUCCACCGGCCGCGCACCCUGCCCCGGUAGCCCCGCCGGUUCACCAAGCGCCGCCAGCCGAGGCAAUGCCCGUUCAUACGCCUCCUGCUGAGGCCAUGCCGGUACAUACACCUGCCGCUGCCCCUCUCGUUCACGAAGCCCCGGCAGUUGCUCCUCCAGCCCACGUGGCGCCUCCCACUGAGGCUGCGCCCCCUGCUCAUCAGGUCCCUCCCAUUGGGUUCACACCAAUCAACCCUCCAGCAGAGGCGCCAGCGGCACCAGUCGAACCAGUGGCUCCACCGGCACACCCUAUGAAGAUGAGAUUCAUGGCUCGGAGAUAA